AUUCAUAGAAACAUCUAAAGAAAAUGCUUAUAAUCCUCCACUGUUCUUUUACCCUACAUUUCUUCACUCACCUCUCUCUAACUUCCUUUCACCUAUAACAUCAUCAUCAUCUUCCUUCAAAUCUUCAAAACCACUCUUCAUAUCUCACUCUCUCUCUAUCUCUCAAAACCUCUUGAAGCAUUUACAUAGUUUCAUUUUUUUCUCUCUCCUCAAAACUCCACUACUAUAACCUUUUCAAAAAAUAAUCAAACCCUACUAAAGAUCCAAUCUAGCUAGAUCAGAAAAAAAAAAACCACUAAAUUAACAAUGAAUUCUCUUCAAGAAUUUGAAUCUUCAUCAAACAAUAAAGACAUGAUCAACACCAACCCUAUGAGCAUAAUAACAUCCUCAUCCUCAACAUCAUCAUCCAUGAUGACACUAUCAUCAACUACAUCAGCUUCAUCAUCAACAACCUCACCAUCUUCACCAUCAGCAGCCACAACAACACCAAGUAGAUACGAGAAUCAAAAGAGAAGAGACUGGAACACUUUCGGACAAUACCUAAGAAACCACAGACCACCACUCUCCCUCUCACGUUGUAGUGGUGCUCAUGUCCUUGAAUUCUUGCGCUACCUUGACCAGUUUGGAAAAACAAAAGUUCACACACAGAUUUGUCCGUUUUUCGGUCAUCCAAACCCACCUGCACCUUGUCCUUGUCCUCUACGCCAAGCCUGGGGGAGUCUUGAUGCACUGAUAGGAAGACUUAGAGCUGCUUUUGAAGAGAAUGGAGGAAAACCAGAAGCUAAUCCUUUUGGUGCUCGUGCUGUUAGGCUUUACCUUCGUGAAGUUAGGGAUUCACAGGCUAAAGCUAGAGGUAUUAGUUAUGAGAAAAAGAAGAGAAAGCGUCCGCCUCAGCCGCCGCCACCGCCACCACCAUCAAAUGCAACUGGAACUGAUCUUGAUCACUAGUGUAAGUUGUGAGUUGAAUACAUGGGAUUACUGCAGUGUUAGAUAUGCAAUGGAAUUGGGGAAACUGCAGUUGAAGGUGGGAAGUAGCAGGAGCAGUGUGAUAGAGAGAGGGCAAUUAAUUUGAAGUAGCUGUUAGUAGUAGCAGCAGUAACUAAAGUCUAAAGGCUUAUGUUGUGUUUGUGUGACCAAUUAUUCACGGUCCAAUUUGUAAUAAAUAUGUGUGUGUACUUGAAGGUGACUCAUUUAUGACUCACUAAUGGAUUUGCAGAUCAUGUUCCAUGUCUUCUUUUGUUAUGGUAAAUUCAAAUUACUUUU